CGCAGGAUGGCGGGGAGGGCGGCCGCCCCGGGCACCGCGGUCCUGCUGGUCACGGCCAACGUGGGCUCGCUCUUCGACGACCCAGAAAACCUGCAGAAGAACUGGCUGCGGGAGUUUUAUCAGAUCGUCCACGCCCACAAGCCUCACUUCCUGGCCCUGCACUGUCAGGAGUUUGGAGGGAAGAACUACGAGGCCUCCAUGUCGCAUGUGGACAAGUUUGUCAAAGAACUGCUGUCAAGUGACGUGAUGAAGGAGUAUAACAGGGCCCGCGUCUACCUGGACGAAAACUACAAAUCCCAGGAGCACUUUACGGCACUAGGGAGCUUUUAUUUUCUUCACGAAUCUUUAAAAAACAUCCACCAGUUUGACUUUAAAGGCCAGCCCGAGCAUGUGCUGCACAACCCCAGGACCCUUUCAUGCUCUCUCAGUGAGAAAGACCCCAAGACAGCCCUUGGAGGCAGAGCUAAGAAGUAUAAAAAAGUCACCGGCAAAGAGAUCUACUCGGACACGCUGGAGAGCACACCCAUGCUGGAGAAGGAGAAGUUUCCACAGGAGUACUUCCCUGAGUGCAAGUGGUCCCGAAAGGGCUUCAUCCGGACGAGAUGGUGCAUUGCUGACUGCGCCUUCGACCUGGUGAACAUCCAUCUCUUCCACGACGCGUCCAACCUGGUGGCCUGGGAGACGAGCCCGUCCGUGUACUCGGGGAUCCGGCACAAGGCCCUCGGCUACGUGCUGGACAGGAUCAUCGACCAGAGGUUUGAGAAAGCCGCCUACUUUGUCUUUGGUGAUUUCAAUUUCCGGCUGGACUCCAAGUCCGUUGUGGAGACUCUCUGUACAAAAGCCACCAUGCAGACCAUCCGGGCCGCCGACACCAACGAGGUCGUGAAGCUGAUAUUUCGAGAAUCGGACAAUGACCGGAAGGUCAUGCUUCAGUUGGAAAAGAAGCUCUUUGACUACUUCAACCAGGAGGUUUUCCAAGACAACAACGGCACUGCGCUUCUAGAAUUUGACAAAGAGUUGUCUGUCUUCAAAGACAGAUUGUAUGAACUGGACAUCUCGUUUCCUCCCAGCUACCCGUACAGCGAGGACUCCAGCCAGGGCAGACAGUACAUGAACACCCGCUGCCCCGCCUGGUGUGACCGCAUCCUCAUGUCCCUGUCCGCCAAGGAGCUGAUUCUGAGGUCGGAGAGCGAGGAGAAGGUUGUCACCUACGACCACAUCGGGCCCAACGUCUGCAUGGGAGACCACAAGCCCGUGUUCCUGGCCUUCCGGAUCGCGCCUGGGGCAGGUAAACCUCACGCGCCCGUGCACAAGUGUUGUGUCGUGCAGUGACAUGUGGGAAGAGAUGCCAGCGCGCAGAGAGGCCCCUUCGCGAGACCACCCUGUAGCGAGGAGGGACGGAGGGAGCAGGAUCCUGAAACACGUACCUUAACAGCUGCAUUGAUAGACCCGCCGAGCGCCACCUGCUAGACGCCGGCCCACACUUCGCUUCAGCUUCCGGAACAUUCCGGAAAAGCCUCACAUACCUCACUGUCUUGUCUGUUCAUGUGACAUUAAGUAGAAAUAUUGGGUUUUUAAAAUAAGUCACAGUCCUGUUGCCAAAACUCUAAUAGACAGCAAGGAGAUUCUGUAUUUUAGAUUUCUGUUUUCAAUUUUUAAUAACUGUCAGCAUGGAAGAGCUUCUC